AUGGAUCGGAAGAGUCGAGAAUACGAGCCCGUGAUGCAUGAGGACUAUCCAACUGAGUCGCAGCCCCUGACGAAGCGCAGACACAGCAACUGCUCCGAGGCCGAUGUCGACGACUUUGUGCCUCCUAAAGACUGUUCCAGGUCUCGCGCGGCAUCGUGGAAGUGCACCGUCGUUGCGGUUCUCUUGGCAUUAGCGUGCAACAUCGCCAGCGGCUGUUUUGGCUUCUACUACGGCAAGCGGAACCUUGACGCGGUCUGUUCCUCCUACACGACACAGUACUCUCCCCUGCUCAAGGAAGUGGGCAUUAAAUACGACGUUGUCCACUACAACGGCUCGUUCCUGGAGGAGACUAUCUACAGACAGAGGGGAUCUCCUGCGGUUGAUGACGCCUGGGACGCACUCGGUGUCAAUUCUCGAGCUGGCAUCAUUUCCAGAGAGCAAGGACUCAAGAGUGGGCUGACCGAUGCUCAUGUCCAGCGGGCGGACAAGUACGGUGGUGGCUUCUUCGUAAAUGUGGAAGGCAUGCAUCACUUGCACUGUUUGAACCUCGUUCGCCAAGGCUUGUACUUCAAUUAUGACUACUAUAAGGAGAUGGGCACGGGUGCAUUCGUGAACGACGAUGUGAUUGUCGAGAAACACAUCUCGCAUUGCUUGGAUACCAUCCGCCAGACGUUGAUGUGCAACACCGACACCGGGGUUCUCGGUCAAGUCUGGUUCGACCAGGACAGCCCCACCGCCUUCCCGGAUUUCAACACCAAGCACAAGUGCAAGAACUUUGAUGAUAUCAGCAAAUGGGCCGUUGAACACCAGGAGCCAGUUCCAGACGAGUUGCCAGAUGACUACAUGAAGGAACCCAGACCGGAGUACAUUGGGGAGAAUACUCCAUAA